ACCAGCCAUGGCGGCGGCGGCGACGAGGCUCGCGCUCCGGCGAACGCAGGCGGCGGCGAUCGUCUCGGGACCAAGGCGCCUCGCACACACCAGCAGGGCCACGAUGAACGAAGAAAGAGUGCAAUCGGCGAUUCUCUUGGCGGAAAUCAACCACAAGAAAGAGGAGCUCUGCAGCAAGAUCUUUGACCUUGUGAACAGGUACAAGGCUCCCGGCAGGGUAGGCCGAGAAAACAUCCUGCUCAUGGAGCGCCUUUCCGUGCAAGUCGAGCCCAGGCCCAAUGACGUCAUCUGGCGCUCGUGUCAACGAAGAGAAAGAAUUGGCCGUGUCUUGAGGCCAGCCGGGGCAGUUUUUCUUGUCGGAGUUGUGACUCCGGUUUGUUUGCAGAUGUCGUAUGAAGCGCUGUUCCCGAAAAAGAGGAAUGUUUUUCAGCAGUGGUGGGACGAGGUAUGCCGCUGCUCAUGCUCGAGGAGGUGA